AUUGCUGACUUGUGGGCCAUGGUGAAGCAAAUGACGGAUGUUCUGCUGGUUCCCGCCAGUGACGCAUUGAAAAUACGGACGAGCAUGGAGGUGCAGAUGGAGUUUGUAAGGCAGGCCUUACAAUAUCUUGAGCAAAGCUACAAGAACUACACUUUGAUGACCGUCUUUGGAAAUUUGCACCAAGCCCAGCUGGGCGGAGUACCCGGAACUUACCAGUUAGUCCGCAGUUUCUUGAACAUCAAACUCCCAGUGUCUGUUCCAGGGCUGCAGGAUGGGGAAGUGGAAGGUCAUCCGGUCUGGGCAAUCAUUUACUAUUGUAUGCGAUGCGGGGACUUAAUGGCGGCCAUGCAAGUGGUCAACCUAGCUCAGCACCAGCUGGGAGAUUUCAAAACUUGGUUCCAGGAGUACAUGCACAGCAAAGACAAAAGGCUUUCUCCUGCCACCGAGAACAAAGUUCGCCUCCAUUAUAGACGGGCGCUGAGAAACAACACUGAUCCUUACAAAAGAACCGUGUAUUGUAUCAUAGGCCGGUGUGAUAUUGCCGAUAACCACAGUGAAGUGGCGGAUAAAACAGAAGAUUAUCUUUGGCUGAAGCUGAAUCAAGUAUGCUUUGACGAGACUAGUUCUAGCGCACCGCAAGACAGGCUGACUUUAUCCCAAUUCCAGAAACAACUGCUUGAAGAUUACGGCGAGUCACAUUUUGCCGUGAAUCAGCAGCCAUUCCUCUACUUCCAAGUCUUGUUCCUCACAGCCCAGUUUGAAGCUGCCAUCGCUUUCCUUUUCCGUACCGAACGUUUGCGUUGCCACGCUGUGCAUGUGGCCUUGGUUCUCUUUGAACUGAAGCUGUUGCUGAAAUCUUCUGGGCAGAGCGCACAACUCUGUAAGUUUAGUAGGUCUGCGAUCAUGUUUGACAUGAUUCUUGGAAAACUGGAGAACGAUGGCAGUAGAAAGCCUGGAGUUAUUGACAAGUUCACCAAAGACACCAAACCGAUUAUUAACAAAGUGGCCUCCGUAGCAGAAAGCAAGGGAUUGUUUGAAGAAGCCGCCAAACUUUAUGACCUUGCCAAGAAUGCCGACAAAGUCCUUGAGCUGAUGAACAAGUUGCUAAGCCCCAUCGUGUCUCAGGUCAGCGCUCCCCAAUCCAACAAGGAAAGGCUGAAGAACAUGGCGCAUGCCAUAGCUGAGAGAUACAAAGCCCAAGGAAUAAGUACCAAGAAGCCGGUUGACUCGACGUUCUACCUUCUGUUAGACCUGAUCACGUUUUUUGACGAGUAUCACGCUGGCCAUAUUGAUAGGGCCUUUGAUAUCAUCGAACAGCUAAAAUUAGUCCCACUGAGUCAGGAGUACGUGGAAGAACGAGUCACAGCCUUCAGGCAUUUCAGCGAUGAAAUCAGGCACAAUUUGUCAGAGGUCCUCCUUGCCACGAUGAAUAUCUUGUUUACCCAGUAUAAGAGGUUGAAAUGUGCCAGCCCAGCCACGCCUGCUAGGCCCGCCCGGGUCAUUGAGGACCGAGAUUCGCAACUCCGAUCUCAAGCUCGGGCACUCAUCACCUUUGCCGGAAUGAUCCCCUACAGAACGUCAGGGGACACCAACGCCCGUCUAGUACAGAUGGAGGUUCUCAUGAACUAGCUGGGAGGGGAAGCCAGCUAGUAGUGGAGGUUCUUUUGUGUACACAUUGAAAGGGUGAUGGUUAUGGGCCUCCAGUUUAAUUUUUGUUUGUUUUCCUUUUCUUUUCUUUCUUUCUUUCUUUUUUUUUUGUAUGCGUUUUUUGUCGACCACAAUAAAUUUCUUUGGAUUUA